AUGGUUACCUUUCUUUCCGCCGAUAAUCCCAAUUUGAACUCGCGACGACGACUGAUGAAAGUUGGCCUUGGUGCCAAGCAAACACGAUCAAUCAUCAAGAACCUAGGUAAACUGACUUCGUCAUGUGAGCCAGGCCAAGAAAGCUGGGAGGAGUUAAUAUUUGAAGAGGCAAGCGCGAUCGUAAAUGGCCAAGAGGUCCCGCGUGGCCAUUUUCCUGCUGGCGCGUAUGUUAGCUCAAACCGUAUUACACCAGACUUCUUCAGUGAGGGCUCCGAAAAAAUUCGUAAUGAUCAAGUAAGGACCGGCAUGAAAUUUCUGUACCGUCUCAUUCACAGCAAGAUUUGCACUGGCCUCAAGCAUAAAGACCCCAUCCAAUAUCACGACCACGAAGAGACCGCCGAUUUGCCACCGCCAUCGGAAAAUGUGUCUACCCCGCUGACCCUUGAUAUCGAAGGUGCAGUCGAUGAGGCCAGUGUGUUAUCUCUUGAAAAUUUGGUCUAUGUUAAGACGUCGCCCGCUGAGCACGCCGCCCACAAACUUGCUACCCCGCGUGCAAUCGUCGGAGCAACGCAAUUGCAAUGGCCAAUGGCCUGGUAG